UUUCAACCACUUGUGCCCCAGUAGUAAGGUUCUGCUUUACAUUAGCAAGGACCUUACGUAUUUUGCCCAGCCCGUACCUCCACACGACGAUAACCAAUACGUCUGUGUCACUGUGAAAAAGAAGAGGCUGUCUUUUACACUCAUUCCCGUCUACCUUUCCCCAACAAGACAAAUCGAUAGCAAAAGACUAAAAGAUCUUAUGGCUGCGACUCACGGUCCUUGGAUAAUAACAGGGGACUUCAACGCUCACCACCAGAUAUGGGGAAGCUCCAGGAUAUUUAAAUUCAUGGGGCAGGUCACUCAUAUCCUUUGCGUUAGGCCACAACCUGCGUCUUCUAAAUGACAGAAGCCCGACAUUUCUGCGAGGAACAACGUACAGCAGCUGCCUAGACUUAACACUGGUGUCACGUUGCCUAACUUCGAGAGUGCAGUGGUUCACUGAUAUCUAAACCCAUGGAAGUGAUCAUAUUCCGACCUAUGUGAGAAUCGAUGGACUAGAAGCUACAUUACCGAUUAUAUCUCGCCAACUUGACCGGUCAGUCUUUGAAGAUCUUGUGGAAGACACAUGCAAGAAACCAAUCGCAUGCAGGCUAGAAGACAUCAUUGCAGACGCAACGCAAGAUUGUACGCGUGGCUUCACACAUUUAUCAAAGCGUACAGAGUCUGGCAUUGAAUUGGAAAGACUUCGUGCACUACGUCGUCGAGCUGAAAGGAGGUACAGGCGCCGAAGUCAAUUCUUGACCUCAGAUUAGCUCGGCGAAUGCAAAAGAAGAUACAGCGCCAGAUGGAUAAGCUAGAAGAUCAAAGAUGGAAAUGCUUUUGUGAGUCACUGGACCCCCGCAAGCCACUGUCCCGUGUGUGGCGUACCCUAAGGGGUCUUCGUUCAUGUCCCCAGCAACGACACCCUUUUAACGCCCUUGCUCUCUAUCAAAACCGCCGUGAGAUAGACGUUGCAGAAGAGUUUUGUGCGAAAGUCGCCGGCGGAACAUUUCUACUCCCUGACAUGGUUUUAGGCGACAUUCCUGGUCCACGAGAUACAAGUAUGGACGCUCCUUUUUCUAUGGAAGAGUUAGAGGCUGCUAUGUCGCUAUGUAGGUGUUCGUCUUCGCCAGGGCCCGACGGAAUCACAUAUAAUGCUCUGCGCCACCUACGUCGAGAAGCGCGACGAGAACUGCUCAACCUCUUUAAUAUAUCAUGGCAUGAUGGCGUCGUUCCAAAGGAAUGGAAACGCGGCCACUUGGUACCGCUGCUAAAAGCAGGAAAGUCACCGCUACAACUGGCAUCAUAUCGGCCUAUAGCACUCGCCAGCUGCGUCGGAAAGCUCAUGGAGCGCAUGAUCCUCUUGCGUCUCGAAUGGUACCUUGAACAUCACAAUAUUUACCCUGACUUUAUGGCGGGAUUUCGACGAGACCGUUCGUCGAUUGACAAUGUCAUCGAUCUAGUGUCAUCUGUUGAGCAGCAAAAGUCUUGGAAACGAUUAUCAGUAGCAAUCUUUCUUGAGGUGAAAGGCGCCUACGACAACGUUUCUCAUCAAUCCAUCCUAGAUGCACUUUUGACAUUGGAACUAAAAGGGCGAGUAUUUCGAUGGAUCCAAAGCUAUUUGACACAAAGGUCCUUUUUUGUACGCACGGAAGAUGGUUCGACUACUCACCACUACACAUGCCGUGGCGUUCCUCAAGGCGGUGUUCUAAGCCCUAUUCUUUUGAACCUCACACUUCUUGGGCUGGCCGAUUCCCUACCGGAAACUGAGUGUCUCCAUCUACGCCGACGACAUCUGCAUCUGGGCAUCAGCGGUGACUCGCCCGCAGAUUCGUGCAAGGCUACAGAAGGCAGCAACACAGGCAUCUGGCUAUCUUUGUACACAAGGCCUAACCAUCUGAAAUUAAAAAUGUGCGUUAGUCGCUUUUGCGCGAAAAGCGAUGUCUGGUUAUCCAGUGUGCAUCAAUGGCCAGCGUAUCUCCUACAAGAGAAAUCAUCGGUUUUUGGGUGUCUUUGUUGACCGAGACCUCUCCUGGAGCCCUCAGCUUGCCCACUUGAAGAAGAAGCUCACAUCUUUAGUUAACGUUUUCAAAUUCAUCGCCGGUAAAACGUGGGGAUCAUCAGUCGGCUCCAUGCUACAGUUGUACCGAGCACUUUUUAUCGGCUACCUACGCUAUAGCUCUCCCGUGCUUACUAAAACAUGCAAAUCCAAGCUUCAAGCCCUUCAGAGCGUGCAAGCACAGGAAUUACGUGUUUGCCUCGACCUUCCGCGGAGCCCCUCAACAGCAGGAACAGUUAUCAUGGCUCAAGACCAUCCGAUCACGACUUGCAUGACAAUCGACACGCUUAGGGCCCAUAUUCGCCACGUUUCACGGAUGCAAUCAAGCUCUCUUGCCUCCCUGCCAGAACGACGAUCACAGGCGUCAUUCUCCAACGUGGUCAACAUUCAUGGUGCCUCCCUACCAUCGGGCUUCACAUCCUCGACACGUUCACUGUCAGCGUUGUGGUCUUUAAAACAACCUGACGUGCGCCUUUACGUUCCAGGAAUAAGAAAAAAGACGGACCUGUCUACCUUGGCCUUGAAGCAAGCAGCUCUCGAUUGCUUGCACACUUUCUACUUUGACCGAAUCCCCAUAUAUACGGAUGGCUCUUCCGCUCAGACCAGCUCCACCGGCGCAGUGGUUAUAUCACGAUCAAUGAGCAUCACAUACGAGACUUGUCACGUGACAUCAUCGACCGCUUCGGAGCUUGUUGCCCUCCGAGGUGCCAUUGAUUAUAUUAACAACCAACCGGCUAAUCGGUGGUCAAUAUUAUGUGAUUCAAGGGCGCCCCUACAAUGUCUUUUGUCAGCUCUUCAUCGCGGGUCCUACGAACAACUCGUCUCGGAGAUACGAGAAAUGCACCACCAUACGAUCGCAAAAGGACACGACGUCGUGUUUCAGUGGCUGCCGACUCAUUGCGGUAUCUCCGGCAACAACAUCGCCGACGAAGCUGCUAGGAAAGCGCACGAAGGAGCAAAUCUUGUUUCUGUGUCUUUAUCGAGGACUGACGCAGCCCAACACCUAAGCAAGCUAGCGCACAGAAUGACAUUGGAGAAGUGGCAUUCAACUGAAUUCACCCAGCAUCGGUUGCAUUCUCUCGACCCAUCUAUACCUGGCUGUUGCCUGGCAUCGGCUGUUGCCUGGAUUUCCGCGAAGUGAGGAGACAAUGCUGUACCGCUUACGCUUGGGUGUUCCAUUCACCAAUGCUUACACGUGUUUGAUUGGAAUGGCUGAUAGCGCCGAGUGUAAUGCCUGCGGUAUCGAUGACACUAUAGAACACCUACUGUGCUACUGCCGAUCUUUUCAAAACGAAAGACAUGACCUCUGCAACCUUCUCAAUAGGCUGGAUAGAAGACCAUUCAGCUUGAGCAAGAUCUUAGGACCAUGGCCUCGAAUAUCACAGUUGCAAAAGGCCACAACAGCGCUGCUGCGAUUUUUGAAAAAGACAGGACUGAGUGGCCGUAUAUGAUCCGGACUGAUUGAUCGUCAGUGAUAGAGCGAUAUCCACAGCGGACUAUCUAAUCUCUUAAUCUCUCUCUCUCCCCUUUUCCUUUCCCCCAGUGUUACGUAGCCAACCGGGCUCAGUCCUGGUUAACCUCCCUGCCGUUCAUUAAAUCAUUUUGGUCCUAACAGUAGCUCCUCAGGAUCAAAUAAAGUUCGUUGUCCGUCCGUCCGUCCGUCCGUCCGUCCGUCCGUCCGUCCGUCCGUCCGUCCGUCCGUCCGUCCGUCCGUCCGUCCGUCCGUCCGUCCGUCCGUCCGUCCGUCCGUCCGUCCGUCCGUCCGUCCGUCCGUCCGUCCGUCCGUCCGUCCGUCCGUCCGUCCGUCCGUCCGUCCGUCCGUCUGUCCGUCUGUCUGUCUGUCUGUCUGUCUGUCUGUCUGUCUGUCUGUCUGUCUGUCUGUCUGUCUGUCUGUCUGUCUGUCUGUCUGUCUGUCUGUCUGUCCGUCCGUCCGUCCGUCCGUCCGUCCGUCCGUCCGUCCGUCCGUCCGUCCGUCCGUCCGUCCGUCCGUCCGUCCGUCCGUCUGUCUGUCUGUCUGUCUGUCUGUCUGUCUGUCUGUCUGUCUGU